GCACCCUCCCUACCUCUCUCUCUCUUUACAACAAUAGAAAACUUGUACAACUUCCGAAGGCAACUACUUACAAUUCAUUCAAAUCAAAAUCCUCUUUCCUCUUUCCUCUUGCCUUUGGUCUUUCUCUUCUAUAUUCGUGUGAAUCAACCACCUAACCCCACAACACCACCCCACAACACAUUGAACACAACAUAACAUUUCCUUUCUUUUUAUUUCUUUGACAACUCUUUCUUUCUUUAUUUCCAUCGCCUCUUUCAUUCAUUCAUUCAUUCUUCUUACCAACAAUUUUUUACUCUCCUUCCCCUAAUCUCUCUCCUCUUUUCAACCGCAUGCUAACCGUUUGAUUCGUUCAUCGCUCUACUAAGAGAAGCUAUUCCAAAUGGACCUUUUACCAAUGUUCUAAACAUUGGACCCUUACCCCCCAAUUCUCAUAUGAUAUCCUGAAAUCAUCUCCUUCAUUUGAGGGAUGGGAGAUGGUUCAAAUUGAAGUUGACACAUUCUUAGUGUUGGGGGAAAGAGAGGGUUUUCCAAAGAAUGGCCUCAGGUAGUUGCCGACAUCUGUAUUAGGUUGGUGGAGUUUAAUCUUUACUUUGGUAUGAAUCGGAGAGACUUCAUUAGUUUGCAGUGGGAGGUAUUUUUCUGACUGUAGCAAUUUCGUUACUGCCAGGGCUAUAUGUGCAUUAUGCAGAUCCUAUAGCAAAUUUAUUUUCCAGUUGUCCUUAGGUUAUGGUGGUAUCUGACUCAGAAGAACCUACACAUUGAGCCUUGAGUUGGUGGGAUUCUGUAUGCCAAGGCCUGUGCACUUAGCAUCUAAGAUGAGCAAUGCAUCAUUGUCCUGAGAGAAGGAAAACUAACAACCAGUGUGGAAUAAGCAGGAAAUUAUUCUACUUGUGGUUGCCAAAAUUGUGGUGCCCUGUUUGCCGUUUCCCAUACAUUAUUAUUCUCCUAUUGAGAUUAUUUCUCUUGUAGCUAUAGGCUUCAUGCCUUUAUGCUGUACAGCAUUACGUCUCUGUUAUUUGUUUAGAUUAUUGCUCUUAUAGAUGUUGGGCACUCCCAUUUGCUGUACAGAAUGACUUAUUAAUUUGAAAAUUAAUAAAUUGGAGUAUUGUAAUGCUUUUCCAUGAAUAAUACCUUCUUUUCUGUAUAUGUUUCUUUUUGCAAUUUUGACUUCUUGUUCCUUUCUGUUAGUGAGAUAAUUACACAGUGAUUAGUAUUCUUGUCAGAUUUCUUAUCCAUGACAGAUUAAUGUAAAAGUCAUAAGUGACAUGGAUAGUUAUUGUUCUAAAUUUUUUGGUUUAAUCUUUUGUUAUGAAGCCCCAAUUGUAAACAGAAAACCUAAAGUAAAAUUAUGUCAAGAUGUCCAAUCUAUUAAGACCUCUUCUUUUGGACCUUAUGUUUUUAAGUUAAAUUUGCAUGUAUUACCUGUAAACAUAUUAAAUGCUGCUGGUAUAGGACAAUGCAUAUUUACUUGGUGGUUAUAAUUUUAUUUUUCUUAAAUUGACAUAAGUUAGAUUGCAUGUCUAGUAAAGAAAGAUAUGGGAUUACUGUCCCCCCCCACCCCCCCAAAAAAAAAAAAAAAAUGAAAAAAAAAGGGGGAAUAAAAAGUGAAGAAGUUUCUUCUUUUCUUUGAGAAAAUUCUAUUGGGGUGGGGAGGUGUCAAAUAAGGUGAAAGAGAACUUGCUACGUGCUUGAGAGGAAUAAUUGGUUGUUAAAUAUGGGGCUGUUGAAAGUGAAGAAGUUGAGACGUAUAUCUUGAAACUGAAAAAUGAAACUUCGGUUGUUGAUUGACGUCUUAACAUACUAGUACUGUAGUUAAUUAUUGCAAAAGCACCUUAUGAAUCAUCCUUGUGCAAGAGUGUAAGACUAUGAGGUAAGAGAAACAACAUUGUUGGUUUUGGUUAUUGGGAAUCUUGUGCACAACUUAUGAUGGAAUUGAUACUUGCAUAAUAAUUCAUAUCUGUAAAAGAAAUCAUUGAUCUAUCUCUGUUUGCAUGAGCACAUGUGGUAUGCCAAGUUUGAAGGGCUCUGAUUUUAGAGAUUGCUGCAUAACGUCUGUGUAUCUGCUAUGGAGAUCAUUUCACAUUACUUCCCUUAGAAUUUAGACAGAUACGGGCACGUUUAAUCUAAAUAUGAUUUGCAUGAAAGCCAUCAAUCUAUAUAGAAACCAACAGAAUGUGUGAAUUAAGAAAGAAAGAAAGCUGAUGGUCAAUGUCAGAGUUAGUUAUGCUCCAGUGGUGAAUGUACACAAUACUGUUUAGUUUAGAAAGGAGAUGAAACUUGUAGAAGUGACUCCAGCAAAAUAACAAAUGUCACUCUCUCAAGUGAAUCGUCUGGCCUUUCUAGGGAAAGGGGAAAGAGGGAAGAGGGAAGAGGGAAGAGGGAAGAGGGAAGGAGGAGUUAGAAGCAUAUAGUCUUAUAUAAACUAAUGAAUUGUCUUAUAAAAGUUCAUAAUAGCUCAACAAAUACAAAAUAGCAAUGAUUAUAUAAAUAUCGUAGAUAUAUAUGUUUUCUGCAGCUAGUUUGGAUUUGGAAGAGCAUGAGGAAUUAUUAGAGCAGGCUGUAUUUUUUCUGAUUGGGUCUUGGGCUAAAUCCCUGCUGUGCUGGAUGUGAUUAUGGCACACAGACACAUAUACAAUACAUCACAAAUAUUUGAGGCUGAUACUGAUCAACCCUGGAAUCUUACUGAAGAUCCGUAUCUUCACUUUGCUAGAACUAGUUCUGCAGAAAAUGCCCCAAUAUUUCAUCCCAUGGAGAAUGGACCUGUAGACCGAGUUCAUUAUGUUUCUCCGUGGAAUCCUGCUACAAGAUUAAGUGGAUACUCUUCAUCAAGCCAGAUGGUGAAUGCACCCCAUUAUCAACCUGAUUCUUCUGACCCUUCUCGUGAUUCUAUGCAUCCAUCUGCUGGUGGAAAUGCCUUCAUGGUUCCUGAAAAUCAUGUUCAUCAUGCAUCUUCCUCAAAUUAUGGAGUUGAAAACAACUUUUUUGAUCUUUCAUUGAGCAAUGGAAGGGGUCCAUACAAAAGGAAAAGCCCUGGGAUCCCUGCUAUGGCUGAAAGGGGAAGCGCAAGCAGAUAUUAUUGUGCUGGAAGUUCAUCUGAUGUGUCAUCAUCAUCAGAUUUGCAUCAGGAAAAAUCAACUGUGGAUGCUCAACAUAAUCACUGGGAAUCACUGGCUGUUCCUACCAUUUACAGAACCAAUCAACUUUCAAUUGGAAAUGAAACCUCUAUGAGGAAUGUGAGAAGCCGAUCCACAUUGGACUCGGAGUCGGAUAAUUAUAGGACCCAUCUCCCAACUAAUUAUCCUCACCAUCCCAGUUCUAGUAGACUUCCAAUUGACCACCCUGGAAUAGUUGAUGUAAAUCCAAACCCUGGUGUUCCUUUACCAGAAUGGACGCCUAUUCAUGUAUCUGGUGCUCCUCAUGGAAGGACUAUAAGUAGUUUGAGUCAUGAGGGUAAUCACUUCUUUCCUGGAAGCAGCAUAGCAAACUCUUCUGGAGAUAUGCCUGGAUAUCACCAUGAACAUAUUGCCAGCAGAAAUUCUCUAUCACAAAAUUUGCAUCCUACUCCAUCGCAUACAAGGGGAGUUCGAAGUAGCUAUUCACACAGGUCCACUCCUAAUGGCAGAGUUUCAAUGGGCAAUAUGCGUGUGACCCAUGUGGCUCCUCCCGAUGAAGGUCUUCAUUUGAUGGGAGAGGCUCACUCUGCAAGACAUCCAAGACAAUUUGGUCCUGUAGGAUGGCGCAAUGGUGACAGGAGUGGUAGAUCUAGGCUUUCUUCAGAGAGAUACCGUUUGCUUUCUGAGGAUGCUGGCGUCCAUGAUCGCCUGACACCUGAGGGUCUGAUGGCUGUUGACCGUUCUUCGCUUUAUGGUUCAAGGAGUUUCAUGGAUCAACAUCGAGACAUGAGAUUAGAUGUAGACAACAUGAGCUAUGAGGAAUUGCUUGCACUUGGAGAGAGGAUUGGAAGUGUCAACACUGGGUUACGUGAAGAUCAAUUGCCCAAGUGUGUGACAGAAACUGUAUACUGUUCAUCAGAUCAGGUGCAGGAAGAAGGAAGAUGUGUAAUAUGCCUGGAGGAAUACAGGCAUAUGGACGAUGUUGGAACCCUUAAAGCUUGCGGACACGAUUAUCAUGUCAGCUGCAUCAAGAAAUGGUUAUCUAUGAAGAACGCAUGUCCAAUUUGCAAGGGCCCAGCUUUGCCAGAAAAUGCAGCAGAUAAAUAAGAUCAAGCUGCAUGGUAGAGUUUGACAUUACUCCAUUCUUUGUAAAUAUUUUACACAUGUAACAGUGGUAAAUUUCCUCAAAUGAAGGAAUUUCAUGUAGGUAUAUUAAGGUUAUUCUUAGUGGAUUGAUCAAGAACAGAAAAAAGUACGUUUAUUUUAGUGUCUAAUGUUCAAUCUUUUCUGUUGGGACUAAUCUAUAUUUGCUGAUAAUAAUAGUCAUUCUGUUUAUAAAUCCAA